AUGGGCUGUGGUGGAAUCUUGCGUGAUCAUGAGGGUAAUUGGUUGAGAGGCGUGCUUAAACAUGAUCAGGGAGGUAACCCCUUAAUGGCAGAAGCAAUAGCGCUCCUUGAAGGCCUCCAAUUAGCUUGGGAUGCUGGGUAUAGACGGGUUGCUUGCGAAGUUGAUAGUGAAGAUCUCAUUACUACUCUUCAAGAUUCAGAAGCUGCGAAUGUCUUCAUGGAAAUCAGUGUUAUCAAUGAGCUCCUUGGCAGGGAUUGGGAGACCAGCCUUAUACGUAUUACACACUAUUGUAAUGUUGUAACAGAUGCGAUGGCUAAGCUUGCAGCAGCCUCUCCAUCUGUUGGGGCGAGAGUGCUUGACAUCCCUCUUGUUGAGUUUGAACCUCUCAUCCUUAGGGGUAAGAUGAGAGUUAGUAAGUUGCUUUAG